AUGUGGAUGAUGGAUCCAAAUUUAUUUCUGAAUCAGUCAUUACAUGGAAUAUGUACUGCAGCCAAAACUUUUGGCUAUAAAGUUCAGCUCUCUGACAUCGUAUUCUUAAAAAGCAAAGUGGCAAAUAGAUUUUUGCAAAGAACAAAACGAGCUAAUUCACUGUUUGAGGAAUUUAAAGCUGGAAACAUUGAAAGGGAAUGCAUUGAGGAGAGAUGUUCAAAAGAAGAAGCCAGGGAGGCAUUUGAAGAUAACGAGAAAACUGAGACCUUCUGGAAUGUUUAUGUAGAUGGGGAUCAGUGUUCAUCAAACCCCUGUCAUUAUGGCGGGACAUGCAAAGAUGGCAUUGGUAGUUAUACCUGUACCUGCUUGGCUGGCUAUGAAGGGAAAAACUGUCAAUAUGUCUUAUAUCAGUCCUGCAGAGUGGACAAUGGUAACUGUUGGCACUUCUGCAAACCUGUUCAAAACGAAAUUCAGUGUUCAUGUGCUGAAAGUUACCUUUUGGGAGAUGAUGGGCACUCUUGUGUUGCUGGAGGUGACUUUUCGUGUGGUAGAAAUAUAAAAGCAAGGAACAAGAGGGAAGCAAGUCUGCCUGACUUUCAAACAGAUUUUUCUGAUGACUAUGAUGCGAUUGAUGAAAAUAAUUUUGUUGAAACUCCUACAAAUUUCUCUGGCUUAGUUCCCACUGUGCAGUCCCAGAAUGCAACUUUGCUGAAAAAAUCUGAUAAUCCAAGCCCUGAUAUCAGAGUUGUUAAUGGAACAGACUGCAAACUGGGUGAAUGUCCAUGGCAGGCACUUCUGAUAAAUGAUCAAGGAGAUGGGUUUUGUGGAGGAACAAUUUUGAGUCCCAUCUAUGUGCUUACUGCAGCCCACUGCAUUAACCAGACCAAGUACAUUAGAGUUGUUGUAGGGGAAAUAGACAUAUCAAGAAAAGAAACCAGACGUCUUCUUUCUGUGGAUAAAAUAUAUGUGCAUACAAAAUUUGUUCCUCCCAACUAUUACUAUGUGCAUCAAAACUUUGAUCGUGUCGCCUAUGACUAUGAUAUAGCCAUCAUCCGAAUGAAGACCCCUAUCCAGUUCUCUGAAAAUGUGGUUCCUGCCUGCCUUCCCACUGCUGAUUUUGCCAACGAAGUCCUCAUGAAACAAGAUUCUGGCAUCGUUAGUGGAUUUGGGCGUAUUCGAUUUAAAGAACCGACCUCUAACACACUUAAAGUCAUUACGGUUCCUUAUGUGGACAGGCACACCUGCAUGCUUUCCAGUGAUUUUCGAAUUACUCAAAAUAUGUUCUGUGCUGGCUAUGAUACUCUGCCUCAAGAUGCAUGCCAGGGAGACAGUGGGGGGCCCCACAUCACUGCAUACAGAGAUACCCACUUUAUUACUGGGAUUAUCAGCUGGGGGGAAGGAUGUGCACGGAAAG